ACCUUGUAAACAACGAUACGAACUUUUUAGUCCGUACUCAAUAUCGAAAUCAAACCAUUAGAUUAAUUAAAAUUUAAUACAAUGAACGGGCACAGUAACGACAUUUCUAUGGCAAUAACAACUCGCCUUAUGAAGUUUUCCGGCGUUUGGAUGGCAGCUAAUAAUCAUGAGCAACGACGCAGGAACAUCGUUCUGGUUUACACAUCUAUUGGGAUGCUACUCAUCGGUUUGGAAAUAUUCUCAGACCUUUACUACUCCUGUAGCGAUUUUACUGAAUGUCUUUACGUCUCGGUCAACUUUUUAAGCUUGAUGCUGCCUACCAUCAAGCUACUUAUUGUGCUUGCACAUAAAAAGGAUUUCUUCGAAUUAAUUCGAUACAUGCAAGAGAAAUUCUUCCAUGGGACUUACGACAUUCAGGAGAAGACACUUAUGAACUCAUGCAAAAGCGUCUGUGCAUUCUAUAUUUGCACCUUCACUUGGUGUGCGCAUUCGACGGUAUUUAGCUACGUUGUAAGUCCCAUCAUAGCUAAUAUUGAAAGAAACGGAACAGACAGAUUACUUCCGUUUAGGAUGUGGAUGGAUAUAUUCUACGUCACACCUUACUUUGAGAUAACGUUUGUAGUGCAGUCUUUGAGCUUGUAUCAAGUCGGCGUGUGCUAUAUGUGCUUCGACAACCUGUUAUGCAUCAUGAAUCUGCACACAGCUUGUCAAUUUCGUAUAUUACAAUACAGACUAAAAAAUAUACCGAAUAUUGUCAUAGAAAAAUACGUUGAAAAUUCGAAAUCGCUCACACCAGAUUCUGCAGACAAACAUUAUGCGACGUUUAGAAACUAUGUUCAACAGCAUCAAUUACUUAUUGCAUAUUGCGCCAAGCUCGAGAAA